AUGGAGGCGGCCAACGUGCUGUGGGCGCUGAGCGGCCUGAUGGUGGGGGAUCAGCAGCUGACUCACAGCACAUGCUCCCAUCCAGGCCUCCUUCCGGUGGUGGCCAAGGCCCUUUCGGCAACGGCCACGCCUGAUGAGAGCGUGGACAGGCGCAACAUGCGGUACCAGGGGCUGGAGGUCGCCCUCAGCUUCCUGACUCAAGCCAUCAGCGGCGGCUGCGCCGCCGCCGUGUUCUGCACCCCCCGCAUGCUGGACGGCCUCGCGGCCAUCCUGCGCGGCAGUGCGGACGAGAGCCACCAGAAGCAGUGCGCGGCCAUUGUGAGGGUCGCCGUGGCGCGCGACAAGGAGGCCAAGGUGGCGUUCGCGCGCCACAGGGCCGUCAUGGACGCCAUGGUGUCCCUGGUGGUGGCGCCGGGGCCGCGCGAGCGCCAGCUGUCGGAUAGUACUUGGGCCGCCAUGGCGGAGGCCCUCGGGCCAGUCGGCUGCAACUGCUGCGACCCCGGCGGCUGCUGCGCGGCGCUCGCGUCGCGCGCCGGCCAGCUGCUGCCCGCGCUCGCGCCCGCCCUGGGCGGCGGGCCCAGCAGGAGCGCGCGGCAGUCCGUGCAGGCCGAGGCGUGGCAGCUGCUGCGGUACCUAGCGGACUGCGACGCGGGCGUGGCGGACAGGGUUUCCAGGAUGCCGGAGGUGCAGGCUGCCGUGGCGCACGCGCUGGCCUGGAAGGGGCAGGCGUCCCUACCAGAGUAUGCCCCCGGCAUGCCAGAAACCGCCGUGGGGCUGCUCGACCACAUCGCCCGGCGCCAGGCCCGCCUGCGCGAGUUUGCCGACGCGGCCCCCGGCCUGGCGGCGGCGCUGGCGCGGCUGGCGGUCGACGCCCACGCGGACAGGCGCCUCGACCGGGCGGGGCUAAUCAGCCUACAGGCGCUGAAGGCGCUGUUCUCUGUCCUGAGGGUGUACCAGGACGGCGCCGAGCUGGACGCGGUAGUCGCCAAGCAGCUGCCCGAAACCCUGCGCGGCCCCCUCGAGCGCGCCAUGCGCGACGCGCACAUGACGCCGCCCAAUCCCGGGCAGGGCCCCCCCAUGAUGUCUCUCAUGCUUGACAUGGCCUGGCUGGAGGCUGGGCAGCGGCGGCUGGAGGAGUCGUGGCGACGGUUGCGGCAGGCACGCGCGGGCGGCGGCGGCGGCGGCGGCGGCCGCGGUGCCCGGGAGCAGGGCGCUCCUGCGGCGGCGGCGGCGGCGGCGGCAGGCGCACGGCCACAGCAAGGCGCCGGCGCGGGGACAAGCAGCGAAGCCCCGCCGCAACAGCAGGCGGCCGAGCCGGGGCAGCGGCAGGCGGCCACGCACGCGUGCGCCACGUGCGGCAAGGUCAAGGCGGAGGGCGUCAAGCUGAGGGCGUGCUCCGCGUGCCAUGCUGUUUACUACUGCUCGGUGGACUGCCAGAGGGGCGGGUGGGCCGGCCACAAGGCGGCGUGCCGCGCGGCGCAGCACAAUCGACAGCAGCAGCGCGAGCAGCAGGAGGGGCCGUGA